AUGCCGCAAACGAUUCGGCUGGAGUUCGCUAAAAGCAACACGAAGGUCAGCAAGCCGAAGCCGGCAGUUGCCACAGCCGCGCCGGCCGCACACCCCGCAUUGAUGCACCCUCUCACCGGACACCUAGCGAGUCCGUUCUUCCCGGGCGGUGGCGAGCUGUGGCACCAUCCGCUGGCGUAUGGUGGCGAGCUGCCGGCGCUGUCGCACGGUCUCGUGCACCCCGCCAUCCACCCGCAGAUGGCGCCAACCCCGUUGACGCUGGGCGCGUGCGUCCUGCCGGCGCCGGCGCUGGGCUCGCCGGGCGCCGCAGUGCCCGCUCCCCCCGCGCACCCUGGUCACCCCGGCCACCCGGGCCAUCCUGGUCACCCAGGCCAUCCCGGUCACCCGGGCCAUCCUGGCCACCCGGGGCACCAUGGCCACCCGGCGCAUCCAGCACCUCCCUGCUCCACGCUCUUCGUCGCGAACCUCGGACAAUUCGUCUCUGAACAUGAGCUGAAGGAGAUAUUCAGCAGGGAGCCAAAGGCGGAGAAGAGGGCGAACAACAUUAAUUCGUUCGUGGCUCUCGGCACUUGACAACCAGCUAACUGAGGGACGCGCCAUCUUGAUCCUCUGAGUGGCAUCGGGGCCGUCGCCGGAGAUGGGGCUUGCUGCUGCUACGCGCGCCCUUUCUACGGUUGAUCAGGAUCAAGAACAUUGCGUCGGCGCUGCGACUGCACUAGCGGUAGCCAAUGCUCUCAUCUCCUUAUACUUUUGUUUACAAUAUUAAUCGCGUCAGGGGUAUAUCUGUGUGUGUGUGGUGUAUUUUGUUGAUACCAAAUUUAGAAUAAAUAUUAUUGUAUUAUCAUUAACAUUCCAGUUGAAUUGUUUACCGUUCAUGAUUAUAUUAUUUGAAAUUAUUUUAUCCCUUAAAUGUAAACUGUUUUUGCAAAACAAAUAAUAGUUAAUAUUCAUUUUAUGUAAUAUAAGAUUUAUUUACAACUAACUUAUUUUGUGGGAAAUUUUUGUAUAUUAGUUUUUACGAGGCCGAUGUUUACAACUUAGAGGAUUUGUUAUGAAUAUAGCGUAAUACCAGAAAUUAAAAUAAAAACAUUUUAGGAUAAUAUCACAUUCGAGUAAGCUAAAAACCAAAGGUGCCCUUCAUAGAAAAAUUACGUUUUGUUAUAUAAUAUUUCAAGUUGAAUGAUUUUUAAUAAAGUUGUAUGUAAUAAUUACGAUACAUUUGUUUUUAG